AUGACCUUUGUGCCUCCGACAUACCAACUCAGUGCUGUCCAUGAACAUGCAAGCCACAUCGGUACAGGCCUCGUCACUGCGGAACUGGUGCCAGAAGCAGAGCCCGUCGAAGCCCUUCAUGUUGCCCACAUCCCCACCACCACAAGUGAUGGCACUCAAGAUCAAAUCAGGCAAUUGCAGCAGCGUCUGAGCAGCACUGUCAUUGACUCGGAGACACGACAGCAGAUCGAGCAGUUACAGCGACAGCUAGAUGUUUCCAUUAACAACAACCACAGCAGCCAUGAUGGUGGAAAACCUCCUAAAGCUGUCAUUGCAACCAAAUGGUGGCGUCUGGGGCUUUUCCUGGUCCUGAUCAGCCUCUUGGUCGCAGUUGUGGUGGUACUAGGAACCGUUCUGGGACGAGGUGCUGCCAAUGAUGACGAUCCCGAAAUGACUCCUUCCGCACCUGCGACAACACCCAUCAACGCCACCGACACAAGCAGCAGCAUGAUCGAUCCUCCUUCUUCGCCAACAACAACACAGCAUGACUACGACUGCUAUACAAGCACCAUGGACGUGCUUCAAGCUCAACUAUUUCAGCCAGAGCAACAACUGUUCAUCAUGUGCCCCCAGUCUCGCAUCAAGAUUGGUGAACUAGAUACACCCGAGCAAGCAUCGGUUCGAUUCAUUAAUGGUGACUAUCCUUUGGUCAUUGUACGAGCAAACGUAGAAGUGCGAUGUGGCUUGAGUGGGGCAGUCGACAAUGACUGCAUUCUGGAGGGUGGCCAAACACAAGUAGCAAUGCUGCACGAUCUGUAUCAGAAUGAACUCGGGAUUUCCUCGUCACCGGCAACCCACAACGUAACACUGCGAGGAAUCACCUUUACGGGAGCGCUAGUGAGUGACUUGCUGUGGGGGUCUGCUUCGGUCACCAUUGGCAAUCCUGGGAGAAAUAUCCGUUUGAUCAACUGCAAAUGGGAAAACAUGUUUGCACCCACUGGUCUCAUCUAUGUCGGCCUUGAUACCUUUCAGCAAGCAUAUGGUACUGCAUCCUUGCCGAGUCGGUCCUCGGAGGUGGCCAUUAUCAACAGUACCUUUACCAACAUCACUUAUGACGCAGCACUGAUUCGGGUCUUUGAUCAAGAUGUUUCUGUGCAGGGGUGCCAAUUCGACAACAUCAAGGUGACUAAUUAUGCUAGACCUUGCUAUCAUGAGUUUGGACAGGACUGGUGUCAUGGACUCAUGUACUGCUACGGAGGCAGCUUUUGUGGAUUGUCGGAUAUCUGCGUGGAUCAAUUCAAUUUCUUUGGGCACGCUUCCCUGUUGGCAGCAUCCAGCAAAACAGAAUGGAGCAUUUCUGGAGCCAGAUAUACACACGGGGUAGAACUCCACUCGCAACCAAUGGCCGCUGUGGAGGGUCCUAUUUGUGAGUCUGGAGUCGGCCAGUAUGACGAGUCCUUUGAAACGGUGGAGUGCCUACCGGUAGAACAAGGAGGCAGACUGUGGACCCACAUGUCUCAAUGUCCGCUUCAUUAGAAAGCUAAUCUCAAAUAACGCGAGGUAGCGAGCUAGGUAGCCAUGUAUCGGUACAUAUUGGAUCUGUUUGUCGUGCCCUUGCAACUGCUGGUACGUACUGAAUGCUGG